GGUGACUAGUUCAACAGGUAGAACUUACUAUCAUACUAUGGGUAGCAGGUGGAGGGUUUUACCUAGAAUAAUUUCUCAAUCAGGGCUAAGAAACAGCGCCUCGGUGAUAUGGCUGCAUGGUUCAGGUGACACAGGGCCUGGUAUUUUGGAAUGGAUAAACAUGGUAUGGAAAGAAGAGUUUAAGUUUCCACACAUUAGAUUAAUAUUCCCAUCAGCUGAUCCUGUUCCUUACACUCCUAAUAAUGGUCAGGUUUCUACGGUGUGGUUUGAUAGACAAAAAAUUUCACCCUUUGUGCCAGAAAAUUUAUCAUCUAUAGAUGCCUCAGCAACAAAACUGAAUGAGUUGAUUCAAGCAGAAGUUGAUGGUGGAAUUCCACUCUCAAGGAUUAUCAUAGGUGGUUUUUCUAUGGGUGGUGCCAUGGCAUUACAUCAAGUCUACAGGUAUCAGAAGCAGGUAGCUGGCUGUUUUGCUCUGUCAAGUUUUCUAAAUGAAGGCUCUUUAGUGUACAAGGAAGUUGAAAAUAUCCAAAACAAGUCAUCCCUUCCCCCGUUGUUUCAGUGUCAUGGGACCAGAGAUGAAUUAGUUUUGUUUGACUGGGGUACAGAGACAUUCAAAACAUUAACAAACUUGGGCAUUUCUGGAGAAUUUCAAGAAUUUAACAUUUUUCAUGAAUUCAAUAAGAAGGAAUUGACACUACUGAGAGAGUGGAUACUUACUAAAUUACCUCCAGAUUAAACACCUUAAUACCUGUGUGAUAUAUUUCCUUCAUACAAUCUUCAAAGAAUUUAAUCACAACCUUAAAUCACUUUAAAUAUUGUUAAGUUUUUAAUGACAAAUGAAAAUCUACUUGUUUUUGGUUAUAAACUUAUUGAUUUUACUUAUAGCAAA